UUUUCUAUUCAUUUUUGAGGUUAUUGAUGCGUUGUCCUUGUUAAAUUUGAAUGGCGAUUGCAACUUUAUCUUCAAUAAAUACCAAAAAUGGACAAAAGAGACAACCAGAUCCCAGGAGUUUUACUAGAAUGUUGGAGGAAUUGAAAGAGUGUCAAUGGUAUUGGGGAUCAAUUUCGCCAUCAACUGCCACAAAAUUACUCAAAGGCUCUCAACCUGGGACAUUUCUAGUUCGAGAUUCUCGUUCUGACAAUUCAAUUUUUUCUUUUUCCUACUCAACAAACAACGGAAUUUAUCAUACAAGAAUCAACUGUUUCAAUGGGCGUUUUUGUCUAGGAGGCCCGCGUUCUUUAAUUGGAACUGAAUCUUUACCUCAAUUUAUCAAUGAUAUAAUUGCGAAUUGUUCUCCAGCUGUUAAAGACGCUUCUGAAUUUUUACCUGAAGUUGGGGAUGAAAAUGAAUUGAAUAGUAGGCCUUUGAGAGUUUUAAUGCAUCCUCCUUUGCAUACAAAUCCAGUUUCUCAGCAAGUUGAUAUUCGUUAUCCUCUAUGUAGAGAUCAAUUCGUUCCUUCACUUAAAGGUGCUUGCCGCUUCUCAAUUCGAAAGCAAAUAACGGACACUUCCAAAAUUCAACAAUUGCCUUUGCCAAAAAAAUUAAAGCAAUACUUGAUGUCAUCUGAUUAUUUUAUUUGUUUCUCCUGA